GUAAUACCGCCAGCAAUCGCUUAGCGAACAGCCAACGGUCAUCGUCUAGUAGCCAUCUAGUAACUUCACAGCUGAUAGGAAAUACAAACAACGCAGUUUGUGUAAACAAUCGAAUUGUCGCAGCCAUAUCGAGUGUGCUUACAAGUCCAGCGGAAAGUUUCCAAAACCACUACAAAACAAAACUAUCAAUAAAGAUGUCUGCUUCACCGACCGCCCGUCAAGCCAUCACCCAGGCUCUGCCCAUGAUCACCAGGAAGAUCGUGAUCUCGGACCCCAUCCACAUGCCCGAGGUCUACUCCUCGACCCCCGGCGGCACCCUCUACUCCACCACCCCCGGAGGCACCAAGCUGAUCUACGAGCGGGCCUUCAUGAAGAAUCUGCGGGGCUCUCCCUUGAGCCAGACUCCUCCGUCCAAUGUUCCCAGUUGUCUGCUGAGGGGCACUCCCCGCACCCCAUUCCGCAAAUGUGUGCCCGUGCCCACGGAACUGGUCAAGUCGACCAAAUCCCUGAAGAUCGAGGACCAGGAACAGUUCCAACUGGAUCUGUAGGGGAUCUGUCUCAGGCACCAGACACCCACCAAGCAGCAACUGCCAAAACCAUUUAGUUCUUAGAUAAACCCACUAAAACCCGAUCUUAUAAGCUUAGUAUGCAUUGUUUUAGCCAUAUCCAUUAACUAGAUGCUAAGUUCUUAGUUCUUCCACUUUGUUUUGUUCUUUCGGUCAUAUUGACUUUGUAACUUGUAAAACUGUAGACGUUAAGUAAAAAGCAAUAAAAAAAUACACAUUAUUUAAAAAGAA